CAAAUCCAUCUCCCUCCAAAGCCCCAUGCCCUAGAUUAGAACAAAAUUCUUGAUGUUUACAAAUAGAGAAAGGGUUGAUUCCAUUAUCAGCAAUCUUCUUCCUUGUUGUUAUGUCCACCUGGAGAUACCUUACUUCAUAUCAUUGCUUAUUUUCUACUGCUUCUUGGUGAUUAUUGUUAUAUGGUGCCUCCUAAGGCAGUAAAGCAUCGUCGAAGUCUACUACCCGAUGCCCUUAACUACCUUCCUGAUAACAUAAAUCGAUGUCAUUCUGUUGCUCUUGCCUUGUGAAGAUGCUGUGAGGACAAGCAUCUUAUCAAAGAAAUGGAGGUAUUACUGGUGUAGACUUACAGAGUUGAAGAUUGAUACUUUAAUUAGCCUGAAUUUUAUGUGAAGUCAAUAUUUCUUCUGAGUUGCUGGAAAGUUUAAUAUCUAAUUGCCCGUUGCUUGAGGAGUUGGAGCUGGAUAUCGCAGACAAGUCAGACAAUUGAAAUUAAUGUCCCCAUGUUGAGAUUGUUCUAUCUCUCAGGCAAUAUAAGUUCUGUCUGCCUAAAGAAUGUCCCUCCUCUGGUAAAAGUAUUGAUGUACGGUGACUAUAUUAAAGCAGAGGAUCUUAAUUUUGCAAAGCUUUUCAAGUGUUGUCCUGCUCUCGAGCACCUUCUCUUUUCCUCCUUUGCGUCCAAGGUUCACUGUGGAGAUGAAGAGGAUGAUUGUAUUCUAGAAUGCCUUGAACUCGGACGUUUCUCAGAUGUGACAUUAAAUCACCUCAGGGAAGUUAAGCUGGAAUGCUUCGGAGGAACCACGAUGCAACUUGUCAAGCUUUUUUAGCCAUGUCCCUGGUGUUGGUGGGAAUGCUAAUUGAUACAUGUGUUCUACCUCUUGACUCGAGGUCAAUAUAUUUGCUGAGCUGAAGCACACAAAAAGGACAAGGGUAUUUCAGAUCAAUCCCAAGUGUUGGUUCUUGAUGAUUAUUGGUAAAUUAUGCCUCCUAAUGAAAGAAACCCUUGUCAAAGUUUAACUCCUGACGUCCUCACUGACCUUCCUAAUGAUGUAAUCGAUAGCAUUCUGAUACGGUUGCCUUCUGAAGAAGCUGUGAGGACAAGCAUCUUAUCUAAAAGGUGGAGGUAUCACUGGUGUCGACUUACAAAGUUGACACUAAAUAGGUCUCUUUGGAGAACGGAAAACAAUUUACUGAACCCUGCAGAUAAGUUUACAGAGAUUAUCUCCCAGAUUUCAACCCUUCUUGAAGGACCCCUGAUUGACUUUACCCUCGAUGUUGCUGAUCUAGAAAGCUGCCCUGACAUUGACAGCUUCGUAUAUUUCGUCUUGAGGAAUACUAUUGAACGUCUUGUUCUUUACCUUCCCGAGGAUAGCAAAUUGCCUACGUCAGUUUUCACAUGUUCGCAACUGAGGCAUCUAAGUCUUGAUAAUUGCUCAAUACAUCAUCCAGGGGCCUUUGAAGGAUUUGAUAAGUUAAUUAGCCUCCAACUGUGUGAAGUAACAAUUUCUUCUGAUUUGCUGGAGAGUAUUAUAUCUCAUUGCCCGUUGCUUGAGCUGUUGCUGCUGCAUAUCCCAAAACUUUUAGACACAAUUGAAAUUGAUGCCCCCAUGCUGAGUCGGUUUUAUUUCACAGGCAAUAUUAGUUCUGUCUGCCUAAAGAAUGUCCCUCUCCUGGUAGAAGUAUCUCUGACUGGUGAGCAGAUAAUGAAAAAGGAUCUUGAUUUUGCAAAGGUUUUCAAUUCUUGUUCUGCUAUCAAGUACCUCAGCUUGAAUAUCUCUUGUUACUGGGGAUCUGCUCAAAAGGGAUAUGAAGCACCAAGGCUUCCCUUUGAUCUUAACAGUGUCAAACGGUUUGACCUGCUUGAACUUGAGCUGGUGGAUGCAUAUGAGCUCUCAUUGUCUAUUAACUUGCUUAGAAGUUUCCCGUACUUGGAACAUCUUGAAAUUGAUGUUUUCCAUGAAGAUGAAGAUAGUGGUACUGAAGAAUCCGAUGAACUUAAAGGUCUGUCAGACGUGACAUUUAGUCACCUCAGGGAAAUUAGGGUAUACGCCGUUGAUGGAAGAACAUCUGAGAUGCAGCUUAUCAAGCUUUUGUUAGCCAAUUCCCCGGUGUUGGAGAGAAUGCUAAUUGAUCAACGUCUUCUAGAUCUUGACACAAGACUAAAAGUAUUUGCUGAGGUAUCAAAUUAUUCACGUGCAUCACCUGAAGCAGAAGUUCUCUUCGUGAAUUGGAUGAGAUAUCGGUUUUUUUAAACCCGUCCCCAAAAGCUCUCACCUUUUUGCUCUCUUUGAUGACUCCAAUCCACAACCGUAGGAUUGGAGAUGGAGGAUGCUUGAAUUCCUUAGAGUUUUAAGGUAGAGGAUGCUUAUCAUCCGAGGAACCCUCUUGUCAACGUGACUUGCACAUUAAUAGACAUUGGUGGUAUAUUUAGCCCAAUGUGUGAUUUACACAUAAAUCCCUUAAGUUUCAUCUAUAACCAAUCUCCUAUAUCUACCAAAUCCGUAAUGUCAUUGUCGGUUAAUUCUUUAAUGUAAAUGAAAUUGCCUAUGUCCUAGUUGUUAAUAAAGUUGUUGAGAACUUCGAGGUCUCAGGUUUGAAACUCAGGUAGAGAUAAAAAAUACUGCGUGAUUUUUUUCAUUUAUCCUAAUUUUGGUGUGAUAAUUUAUUGUUGA